GAAGAAAAGUAGAAAAAAAACUAGCAGACCCAGUCCCCAUCCCCUCGUCGCCUCCUUCCCUUCCAGAUCGCCGCCGCCACCUCCCUCCCCAUCCCCUCGCCGCACCCGCUGCAGCUCCCACCCUCCUCGCCGCACCAGUGCAUGCUGUCGUUCGCUCCUCCACCUGCAGGCGAUGCCGAGCCCGCGGUCUCCCUCCCCAAGAUUGCUCUGGAGCCCGCAGUUCUCCUCCACCUACAACGGGAACAUGCAGGAGCAGCAGCGAGCCAGAUCUGGGCCUUGUCGAGGAGGUCUGUCUCUGGAGCCGCUGAUCGGGGCCAUAGCGGCGGGGAACGCCGUGGCGCUGAAGCCGUCGGAGCUGGCGCCGGCGACGGCUAGGUUCCUGGAGGAGAACAUAGGCGAGUAUCUGGAUUCCACGACGGUGAAGGUCAUCCAGGGCGGCCCCGCGGUGGGCGAGCAGCUCAUGGAGCACCGAUGGGACAAGGUCCUCUUCACCGGGUGCCCGCGCGUGGUGAUGGCGGCGGCGGCGAAGCACCUGACGCCGGUGGCGCUGGAGCUGGGUGGGAAGUGCCCCUGCAUCUUCGACGCCGUUGCCGGCAGGAGGAACCUCCAGUUCUCAGUGAACCGCGUGAUCUUCGCCAAGUGGUCAUCCUGUGCCGGCCAGGCCUGCAUCGCCAUCGACUACGUGCUCGUCGAGGAGCGAUUCGCGCCCACCCUCGUACCCACGCACGCUUUUGUCUGGUGGCUAUGUAAAAUUCUGAUCAGAACAUCGCUCUGACCACGUCAGCGUGUUCGUUUCUCUUGGGUGGUGGUGAAGAUCAAGUUGCUCAAAUCAACGCUCAAGAGGUUCAUCGCUGACUCGGACCAGAUGGCGCGGAUCGUCAACGCGCGCCAUUACACUCCUUUCUCUCUUGUAAUUUUCCUUCCUAAUCGAUCGCAGUUCGCCAUCGUCUCAUCUAUGCCGAUCUCCACUUCCGAGCGUCCCCAGCGAAAGAUGCAGUCAGUACUCGUACACGGUUCUGCUUUCUUUGCCGCCAUCAGACGCUGGCAUGCACAGAAGCAUCGCCCGAUUCGCCUAGCACUAGUUGCUAGAGACACACGCUGAGUCCACAUCGUGGUGUAGGCUCAUCUCUGAACCAUCCAGUCCAUCCCAGGUACACUGUAAGUUUGCCUCCAUAAUAAAUCAAGAUCCAAACUAUGGCGCCAGAGGGCCACAACACUACAUUUUCUUCCUGCGUCUGAAUCUAAUCAAACGAGCAAAAAUAUACUGCUGAGACUCAAUGGAUGAUCUGAAGCACCCAAAAGAAGUAGAGGACAGGUCAAGAGCAGGGAACAAGAAGCUUCGAUUAUCAUUGAUGUUAUGUGUGAUCAAUAAAAACUUGUGCUUCUCAUUCAAUCUUUGUUGAACUAUGUUGAUGUGUGAUUAUGCACUUGUCGGAUCCUUUUGUUGUGCACCUGCACUUGUAGAACUAUUUUGUUGUGCACUUGUUGGGCCUUAAAUCUUUAUGUGUAGAGGAACCGAUGGAUGAUGUAUUGUAAUUCAUGUGAUGUGCUACUGAAAUGAAACAUA